AUGACGGUGUGUUACAAGGUGCACCUGGAGAAGUUUCACGAGCCGGGCAUCUUCAACUACUCAGUGUUGCUGCUCAGCGAAGACAAGACCACCCUGUAUGUGGGUGCCCGGGAAGCCGUGUUUGCCCUGAGUGCACACAACAUCUCCGUGAAGCAGCACGAGGCAUACUGGAGGGUCUCAGAAGAUAAAAAAGCAAAAUGUGCCGAAAAAGGGAAGUCAAGACAGACUGAAUGUCUCAACUACAUCCGCGUGCUGCAGCCGCUCAGCGCCCACGCCCUCUACGUGUGCGGCACCAACGCGUUCCAGCCGUCCUGUGACCACCUGAAUUUAACAUCCUUUAAAUUUCUGGGGAGAAGUGAAGAUGGCAAGGGCAGGUGCCCCUUUGACCCAGCGCAGAGCUACACGUCCGUCAUGGUUGAUGGGGAGCUGUAUUCCGGGACAUCCUACAACUUUCUGGGAAGCGAGCCCAUCAUCUCCCGAAACUCAUCCCACAGCCCUCUGAGGACGGAGUAUGCGAUACCGUGGCUCAAUGAGCCAAGCUUCGUCUUUGCUGACGUGAUGCGAGAGCGCCCAGACGGCGUGGACGGCGGGGAUGACCGCGUCUACUUCUUCUUCACCGAGGUGUCCGUGGAGUACGAGUUUGUCUUCAAGCUGAUGGUCCCACGGGUAGCGCGGGUCUGCAAGGGGGACCAGGGCGGCCUGCGGACCUUGCAGAAGAAGUGGACGUCCUUCCUGAAGGCCAGGCUGAUCUGCUCGCGGCCGGAUAGCAACCUCGUUUUCAACGUGCUGCAGGAUGUCUUCGUGCUCAGGGCCCAGGGCCUGAAGGAGCCCGUGAUCUACGGGGUCUUCACCCCACAGCUGAACAACGUGGGGCUGUCCGCCGUGUGCGCCUACAACCUGUCCACCGCGGAGGCGGUCUUCUCCCAGGGGAAGUACAUGCAGAGCACCACGGUGGAGCAGUCCCACACCAAGUGGGUGCGCUACAACGGGGCUGUGCCCACGCCGCGGCCCGGGGCGUGCAUCAACCGCGAGGCGCGGGCCGCCAACUUCUCCAGCUCCCUCAGUCUGCCAGACAAGACCCUGCAGUUCGUCAAAGACCACCCUCUGAUGGACAGCUCUGUGACCCCGAUAGACAACAGGCCCAGGCUCAUCCGAAGCGAUGUGAACUACACGCAGAUCGUGGUGGACAGGACACAGGCCCUGGACGGGACCCUCUACGACGUCAUGUUUGUCGGCACAGACCGGGGCACCCUGCAUAAAGCGGUCAGCCUGGAGAAUGAGGCCCACAUCAUCGAAGAGACGCGGCUCUUCCAGGACCCUGAGCCAGUGCAGACGCUGCUGCUGAAUUCCGAGCAGGUAGAGCGGCCAGGCGGGCGGGCGGGCGGCCUCACAUGGCCGUAUCACCGGCCGGGCCGGCGCUCACCUGGCUGGUCCAGAGGAGCCAACCUCCAGGCUCUUACAGAAGGUCAUGGGAGCCCUGGGCUCUGGGAUGGAGGGGAGAUAAGCUGGGGAGAUGGAAAGGUGCCGCAGGCCGUCCCCUGCCAUCUGUCCCCGCAGCCUGGGGCACGUGCCUCCCCGUUUACCGCUGGGGUGGAGCAUGAGGGGCAGAGCAGGCCCGGGCCAGGACCGUGAGCACAUGAGGCCAACAAGCCGGUCCUGCCUUAGUUUCCUCAUCUGUACCUGGGGGACAUCGGACUCUGGGGGUGGCACAGCCCUGCCCUGCGGCUGAAGACCUCGCUUCUCCAUGUGGGUGUCCUCAUGCUGUGAGCCUGAGCCCAAGGGCUGUGUUCCCGUUCCCCUAGCUGCAAGCCUGGCCACUGCCUGGACCCGGGCGUAAGGCCUUGUUUGGGGCACCAGGCUCCGCUGUCCCUGCUUUGUAGGGUGUUGCUCGCACGCCGAGACUUCCCUGUCUGACCCUGGACGCUCCUGAGCCUCCUGUCCAGGUGUGGACAGAGCUUCACACCUGAAGGAGGUGGCCCCACAGCCCCUCCAAGCGUCCCUGCAGCCUGGUUCCUGGUGGGGGCAGUGGGCAAAGCAAGGGGCCCGGCAGCCAGGCGGGAGACGAGAGCAAGCCACGGACUUAGCACGG